AACUUCAUCUUUAGGGCUUUUGAUCUUUUUAGAUCCUUAAUUCCAAAAAUGGAGGUUAAAAACUUAGUCAAAGACAAGAAAUUCUGGGUCGCUUCCUUCCUCAUUGCUUGGGCUGCUGGACUUCAGGGACAUAUGAUGUGGUUACAAAAGCAGGAAUCUUUCAAGCAGAAAUUUGGGGAUUUAAACGACACUGAUAAGUAGAAUUUAGUACUUCUUAAUUUGAAUUUUGAGGUUAGCUUAUAAUUGAACUUCUUCUUGUUUUGGUUUCUUUUAGAAAUUGGGGAUUUAUGGCUUGUAAUUGAUAAUCCACAGAAUAGCGACGAUUGUUGUAGAAUUUAUUUCAUUGAGUUAAUGGCUUGUGAAUAAUACUAAACUUUUGCAGAUAAUUUUUAUGUUGUUUUGGAUUGGAAAAUUUUAUUUA